AUGGUAAACUUCUCCUUCCCGUACUUCCCACCCAAUGACAACAACAUCUCUGUUGUUCCACCGGCUACAAAAGCUGUUGUUGAUGGGCACUCAUCAAUACGACUCACUGAUAAUCAGAUUCGUGGGGACGUAUUUAAUGCCACAAGCCGAGCUUACUACCACCAACCCAUCCAACUGUGGAAUCCCAUGACAAAUAUAACCACAAAUUUCACUACUUACUUUGAGUUCGUAAUCAAUUUUAUGGAUUCUUAUCCAAGCAACGUGAGCUCCGGCGGGAUUGCGUUCUUUCUGACUUCAGAAGAUUCUUUGGAUAUUCCUGAAAAUUCUUUUGCAGGUUGGAUGGGUCUCUUCAAUGAGACAACGGACGGAAAUCCAUCCAAUCAAAUGGUAGCUGUGGAGUUCGAUACAUACCAAGAUCCAUGGGAUCCUAGUAACAACCAUGUCGGUAUUAACGUGAACUCCAUCAUCUCCAAGACUAACCUUACCUGGAACAAUACUAUGGUCUCUGGGGACAUUUUGGGUGCGACAGUCUCAUAUGAUGGAACGUCCAAGAAUCUCAAAGUAGCGUUGAAUGAUCCAGAUGUUCCUAUGAUGGCUAACAUGUCCUUAAAUCUCACUUGGAAUUUAAAUUUGAGGGAUCUUCUCCCGGAAAAAGUGAUCGUGGGCUUCUCUGCAUCAACCGGACAAGCAAUCCCAAUUCAAGUGCUCCGAAGUUGGAACUUUAGUUCGACUUUGGAUCUUGAUACAAUUUUCAUCCCAGAUGGAGGGAAUUCUAAGGUGUGGUUGGCAGGAUUAAUAAUAGGAGUGGUACUUUUGGUUGCAGGGAUGAGUUUUGUCUUUUGGAUUUCGCGAAGGAAUACAUAG